AUGGCCUCUCCGCGAUUUAUUGACCGGGCCGACAAGGCUAGCCUUGUCUAUGAGAUCAGAUGCCUCGACCCAUUUAUCUGUCACUUCGUCAACCAGAGCGCUGGAGUUGAGUGGCCCGUGGCUUGCCAUCGAUGCGCCCCAUUUCACCUCAAAGGGGCGCUCGAGCUCCGUGGCGGAGGAGUUUUGAUCUGCGAGGGCGCCACGCUGCACCAGAACGGUGACCUCAGCAUCAGCACAACAGAAGUCGCCGGCAGCCUCGCCAUCGUCGUCUCCGGCUGCUUCUCCAGCGGCCCCCUCCCCGUCGGUGUCGCCUUGCGCAUCACCAGCGGCCUCGCCCUCAGCCUCCACGUCGCCUUCCAGAUCACGGUCGACCUCGCCUUCGGCUUCCACGUCGCCUUUAGGAUCGCCGUCGGCUUCAACAUCGCCCUCGGCCUCCACGUCGCCUUCAGGAUCACCGUCGGCCUCCACGUCGCCUUCCAGAUCACCCUCGGCUUCAAUGUCGCCUUCCGGAUCACCGUCGACCUCGCCUUCGGCUUCCACAUCGCCUUCCGGAUCACCGUCGGCUUCAACGUCGCCUUCCGGACCACCCUCGGUCUCGCCCUCGGCUUCCACGUCGCCCUCUGGAUCACUGUCGGCUUCAACGUCGCCCUUGGAUCACCGUCGGCCUCCACGUCGCCUUCCAGAUCACCCUCUGCCUCUCCGUCGGCUUCCACGCCGUCCGUGCCCGAGGUGGUGCCGGUGCCCAACCUGACCGCCGUGCUCAACACCGAAGAACCGGGCGUCGUGUUCGGCAACGGUGCCCAACUGCUCUCGACCUCAGUGGCGGGCUCCUCCGUGGCCGGGGCCGAGCUGGAGGUGGCCACCACCACCACCGCCGCCAACACCACUGUCGGCGGCCUGCCCGCCGUGACCUUCGUCACCACCUUCAGCGUCGCCCUGUUCGGGCCGACCCAGCUCGAGCGCACCAUCACCGUCACGGCCGAGCUGGACCCCGACGAUGCGCGACGGGUGGUGUUCAGCUUCGGCUUCCCCUACUUUGCCGUCGGGCCGCUCACCUACGACUCGACGGUGUUUGUCGGCACCGUCAAGACCACGGCCGCCGGCGAUGGCGAUGGCGAUGGCGGGUUGUCGCCGGCGUUGGCGGCGGCAAUCGCGGUGCCUGCGGUCUUGGGCGGCCUCGUGGUGGUGAGCCUCGCGGUGGCCCUGAUCGUGUGCCAGCGCAAGCGAGUGAGGCCCCAGCCGGUCAGGCCGCGCCGCGGGCCCAAGAGCAAGAGGGAGAAGCUCUGUGUCGACAAGAAAUGA